AUUGACGUAGAUAGAAUUAUUGUCUCCCUUUGAAAGAAAACACUUUAGGUACACUUUCUUUGCACAGCAUAUUUAUGAAAAUUUUAGGUGAAUAUAUUGUUAACCUCACAAAAUUAUGGCCGAGGACACUCACAAGAUGGAAAUCCGACAAAGCUCCUGCGCUGUUCGAGUGUGGUCCUGACCUGCAAGACCGCGGAUUAUGCGCCGUGGACCCUUGCGAUCCUGAAAAAUGUUACGCGGAACCACGUGUGGUGAUCAUUGGCGCUGGGAUGGCUGGCCUUUCCGCCGCUGCAAGGCUCGCGGAGCGUGGUAUUACCAACCUCGUUGUCUUAGAGGCCUAUGAAAGACCUGGAGGCCGUAUACACUCCUGUUGGAUAGGUGAUGUAGUAGCUGAGCUCGGUGCCGGUAUAGACGAUCCAGGUUACUGCAACCCGCACCCAGUCUAUACAAUGUCUGCUAAAGAAAGGCCGCCGCGACCAGGCUUUCCUGGAGUGGAACAUUCAAGAGGGCUAUUCGAAAGAGUUGUAAAUGGAAAAAUGUCAUUUCCAUCGACAAUAACAGCUUAUUACAAAUUUCGUCAAAUUGAGGCUGAAGCUUCCAAAAUAUUUUGCCUCGGUGGAAGUAAGCAACAUGGAUCUUUAAUAAAUUUUAUGAGCUUAAGAAUUCAACAAGAAUUACAUGAAUAUCCAGAAGAUCAACAAUAUGAUGCCGCACGAAUAAUGUUUGGGCUGGCACAUAUGCUUAGUGCGCGAUAUGGAGAUGAUACCGCGAUGUUGUAUGGCGACCAUUCAGGCUGUUACAUGAAUAUGCCAGGGGGAGACGUGCGUGUUCCACUGGGAUUAGUCGGCAGUCUUGCGCCUUUGUUACGGCAGAUACCUGAAGGAGCCAUUCGCUAUUGCAAGCCUGUCAAUUGUGUAUAUUGGGGUACCUGUCAAAAAUCAGGAUGUCGAGCGACAGUCUGCACUACCGACGGCGAGGAGUUCCCAGCAGAUUAUGUUAUCAGCACAGUUCCUAUGGGAGUUCUAGCGACAAAUUCUUCGAAAAUGUUUUGUCCCGCAUUACCCAGUUCAAAAAUUGAUGCAAUUAGAUGUCUCCGAUUUGGUUAUGUCAAUAAAAUUUACAUGGAGUACUGUCAACCAUUUUGGUUGUGGCAUAAAGGUGAUAUAAAUUUUAAAUAUACUAGUGACAGUUUAAUGAGCCGUACAGAUUGGACUCGUGGCAUAAGGUCAAUACGAGCGGUGCCUAACAGUAAACACGUGAUUAGCGCAAUGGUUGUUGGUACAGAGGCUUGGAUAAUGGAAGGUCUUUGUGACAAAGAUGUAGCUGAAAGUGUAACGGAUCUUUUAAGAGCAUCUUCAGGCAAUUCGAAUAUACCUUAUCCAGUAGCUUUAAUAAGAUCACAUUGGGUAUCCGAUCCUUACUUUCUUGGCGCUUACUCCUAUGAUUGUGACUGUACUGAUGGUGACACUCAGAGAGCUUUAGCUUGUCCAUUGCCAGGACCAGGUGAUUCAAUACCUCCUAUUCUUCUUUUCGCUGGGGAGGCAACAGUUCCGGGUUACUUUGCUACUUUAGAGGGAGCCAAAAUCAGUGGAGUAAGAGAAGCAGAACGAGUUAUACAAUUAACUUUACGAUUUAAAGGGCCUCCACUUCCAGCUGCAGAAACGGUAAAACCAAAAAAUAAAGUGAAAUGUGAAAAUUAAACAUAGAUAUUGUAAAAUAUACGUGAAAAGCAGCUGGUUUUAUUGCUGCUAUGAAAUAUUCCUGUACCUAAACUAUUGUGAGAUGAGUAAUUUAUAACUUAUAUCGCGCAAGUUUUGACCCAGUUUUCAAUUCACAAAGUCCUUUAAAAUAAACUAAGAAAAUAUUUACAAUAGGUACCUAAUUGUAAUU